AUGUUCUCACCAAUGAUUGUGAUCAUCAUAGGUUUACCACUGACCUUGCUGGCCAUCUAUGCUCUGUAUUUACAGGUGCGAGACGACCAUGUUGCACCGAUCUUUGUCAUCAACCUUCUGAUCUCUGACCUCAUCCAGAUGUGCUGCAUGGUGAUCUGGGUGGCGAUAUUCUUAGACUGGCAACAUCCUACGGUCGGCUGCACCUCUAUGUUACUCUACUACAGUUCUUUGUUGGCUAGUGCUUGCUUCAUGGUGUGUGUAGCCCUAGAAAGGUACUUGAUCAUUGCCUGGCCUCUGUGGUACCGCUUCAGGCGAAGUAUCAAGUCCUCAGUGGUGGUCUCCAUCAUGGUCUGGGUCUUCUGUUUCAUUGAGUUCACUAUAUCAUCUUUUGAGCCCAUUUUCCGCCCCAUCUUCCUCCUCAUCCUCUUCCCUCUGCUCAUCUUCUCCCUGGUGGGGACCUUAAAAGCCCUGUCUGCAGCCAUUUCUGUCUCUUCUAAAGAAAAAGGGCAAAUUAUAGCAAUUUUAGUCCUGGUGGUUUUGAGCUACACACUGCUGUUCUUGCCCUGGGUCAUUAAUGUCCUGAUAGAGAAAUACAGUUCAGCUUUCAAUUAUUAUUUAUGGAUGUUUGGAAAUUUGAUUAAGAUCAGCCCUUUUGCAGAUUUAGUCCUUUAUGUUUUCAUAAGUAAAGGGGCUACAGGAAAGCUGCUGAGCUCCCUGUGUUGUUGUGGGUGGUUACAAGAGAAAGGACAGGCAGCAACUGUAAAUGUAUAACCACAGAAGAAGUCUGUCUGUGUAGACAGAGCAGGGUAGCCACAGUAGUUAUUCAGUGCAUUUCCGUUUAUCAUCUUUAUCAUAUUUAUUUAUUUAUUUUUGUCACCUGGAUCCUAUAAGAAUAAUGACUCUAGUUUUCAAGUGAUCUGAUUGGUCGGUAGUUGGGCUGUUGAUAAGUUUGAUGCGAUCCACUGAAGUUUCCCUAACCUUAACCAAAAUGCUUUAGUUACAUAAACCACAAACGUGACUAUGGAUGUAAAUCCCGCUAUCUGGUGCACUUUGUACACUUGCAUCCACCCCAACCUUCUCCUGGUGACUCUGCUACCAUUAGUAAAUGGAGCAGUUGAUUCAAAAAAGGAAAUGUUGCCCCUGACCAUGGUCCAGCCUGCAAUUAUGUUGCCACCACAACAUAAUAGAGAAAACGGUUUAAUAGUAUAUGAACACUCUGUCCUGCUGUAGUGUGCAGAAUAAAAUCAGAUGACAUGUGCACAAGGACAGAUGUUAAAAAGCCAUUUAUGGACUGAUUCAUUAAAAACUAUAUGGGUUUGUUUAUCUGCACUGUAAAAUGACCAAUUACUCUUGUGUUGCAUGUCUGAUAUUGUGACGUGACAGUUAUAGAUGCCAUAUAAAUAAACCUG